CUUUCUUUCUUUACACUUAAAAUGUCUACUUCUGUUACUGAGAUCGCUCGUGCUGCUCGCCUCGCUUCUGUAAACCUUCAGUCUGUUUCGAAUGAGCAAAAGAAUAAAGCUCUCUUAAAGAUCAAACAAGUAUUGGGUGAGCGUCGUGAAGAGAUCUUCAAGGCCAACGAGCAAGAUAAAAAAAUUGCCGAAGAGCUUGUAAGCCAAGGCAAACUCUCUAGCUCUUUAUGUAAGCGCUUGGACGUAUGUCAAGGGGAUAAAUUCGAUACUAUUUUAUCAGGUGUGAGUGAUAUUACUCAACUUCCUGACCCUACCAAGAAGGUGACUAUGGCAACUAAAUUGGACGAUGGCCUAGAGCUGUAUCGUCUUACUGUUCCUGUUGGUGUCUUGCUGACUAUCUUUGAAGCCCGUCCCGAAGUUGUCGUCAACAUUAGUUGUUUAGCCCUUAAAUCCGGUAAUGCUGUCAUUUUAAAGGGCGGUAAGGAAGCUACCCACACCAAUGCCGCUUUGGCUCGCGUCAUUCAAGAUGCUUUGGACAGUUUGCCCGAAUCAAACGGCAUUCCAAAAACAGCCGUACAAAUUGUAGAAACAAGAGAAGACAUUAGUGCUUUGUUGGACUUGGAUCGCUACAUUGACUUGGUUGUUCCCAGAGGUAGCAACAGUCUAGUCAAGUACAUUCAAAACAAUACAAGAAUCCCUGUCCUUGGUCAUGCUGACGGUAUUUGCUCUGUUUAUGUGGAUAAAGAAGCAGACAUCAAAAAGGCAGUCAAAAUUACGAUUGAUUCUAAGACAAACUACACUGCAGCCUGCAAUGCUGCUGAAACACUACUAGUCAAUGAAGCAUUAUUAAAGACUGGCGAUUUUGUUACUAUCGCUCUUGGUCUUUUGGACGCUGGCGUCACACUUAAAUGUGAAGAGAAUGUUUGCAAAGUCUUACUUGAUUCUGAUGCUGUCUCUCAAGAAUACAAGCAAUCUAGGAUUCAAGAUGCUGUUGAAGAAGAUUUUAACACUGAAUUUUUGGAUUUGAUCAUGGCAGUCAAGUCUGUCAAGGAUGUUGAUGCUGCUGUUGUCCAUAUUAAUGAUCAUGGCUCUAAACAUACAGACGCUAUUGUCACUGAAAACAAAGAGACAGCUGAUUAUUUCAUGACUCGUGUGGAUGCUGCUGGCUGCUACUGGAACGCUAGUACCCGAUUUGCAGAUGGUUUCCGUUAUGGUUUUGGUGCUGAAGUAGGUGUAAGCACAAACAAGACACAUGCCCGUGGUCCUGUAGGCCUUGAAGGCCUAGUGAUUUACAAGUACAAAUUGAUUGGCCAUGGCGAAUGUGCUGGUGAUUAUGGAUCUGGCAAGAAACAAUACAAGCACGAAACCAUCGAGCCUUGUCAAUACUGAGUUUAAUAAACUUUCAAAGAAUGCAUUGUUGUCUAAAGUUUAUUCUGUUGGUGUUGUAUAUACAGCAUUCCUUGAAUUGUAAUCUGCUAUUUAAG